AUGCAGAUCCCCAUCGUAGGAGUGAUCCUCUCGAGCCUCGGCAUGGUCCACGCCUUCACCACCUACGAGAUAGUUUUCUGGUCCGGAACGCACUGCCAGGGCGCAGAAUCACACCGAAUGACCGGAAACGAAGCUACGUCGUGCGGCAAACCGGCAGGCGUCCCCAAUUCCUUUGACGCCCAAAGCGCGACAGUCAGACUGCUGAAGGACUGUACCGUUGUGUUCUACACCGACAACAAUCAGCAGUGCAAUUUCGUCGGCCCGGGAUUUCAAGGUACAAGUCUUGGACCCUUCCAAGGACCGGACGGUGUAGCCGCCCACAACGGGCACAGUCCUUGGAAGGGACCGACGUACGGGUGUGCCGACAAGGACGGGGGUUGGUGUAACGCCUCAUUUUCCCGCACCGGAAUCUGGACUCCGGAGGAGAGGUUGGACUCCGCACCAGAGGAGGCAGGUCAACGACCCAGCGAACUCAUCACUCCCUUUCUCCGUGUCGCUCCGAAACUGCCACAUGCCGCCGCUACGUUGGCGAAGCCAAUACCCAACAUCUAA